AGCAAAUCCGGGCACCAACUGCAUCUCUACCCAACCUUCACCGUCCAAGAAAAAACGGACCUUGACGAUAUGCAAUUCCCUGCUCCGACACAGGAAUUGCCCUCGAUCAGGAUCUCUCGGCGGCCAUUGCGGUGUUCCACUGAACCGAACUACACUCGCCUCUCCCCUCCGGCCACCAAACCACACAGACAGCUUCGGCUGAAGGAAGUCACGGACACGAACCCGAUAUCCGCACAUCAUGGGCGCCGGCAGCUCUAAGCCCGCGGCUCCGGCCGACUCGAAGCACGUUUUCUCGAGCUCCUCCCCCGUCCAAUUCUCCGCCAACUUCGUUGACGGCCUCCAGUCCAACACCGAGACCGACUCCGCCCGCGCCCGCUCCCUCGAACUCCAAAUCCAAGAGCGCGUCGCCCAAGAACUUGAGCGCCUGCGCGCCCGCGAACAGCAAACGCUGGCCGAAAUCGAGAAGAAGCUGGCUGAAGCCAAAGACACCUCUUCCGCACCCACCUACGCUUCCGCCCCCAGCACUGCCUCCUACUACCCGCCCGGAUCUCUGAACCUGGAUGCGCCCCGGAUCCCGUUCGCGGGGCGGGAGAGCUACUACACGGCCCCUCCGGCGGCGGUUGAAGCGGCGCAGCAGCCAAUCAACCGGGAACUGUCGCGGGAGAGUGUGAACAGUGAGAUCGAGGAGCUGCGGGCGAAGUUGGAGGGACGGAAGAAGUUGGUCGAGAUUGAUGCGGGGAUUGAGAAGGCAAGAUCGGAUGUGGUGAGUUGUUUGAGGUUGAAUGAUCGGAGGCCGUUGGAUUGUUGGAAGGAGGUGGAGGCGUUUAAGAAGGAGGUUGCCAGGUUGGAGGAGGGGUUUGUGGAUCGGAUCGUUGGGUAAACUUAUUCCCUAAGUUUUGAUGGGAAUGACGAGGUAUAUUGAUAGAGUUGAGAUGUAGCGGUGUGUUUGUUCGACUGCUGCUGCGAGUGUCCCUGAGUUCUGCCUCCCGGGUUUGUGCAUGUGUGUAUAUGUAUACCUAGCUUGCUAGAGAAGGUUACCAGUUUUGUUCUACAUUAUUUGUUUUUAGUAUGCUGUGGUUGGAGCAAGUAUGGAUUCUUUGAAUUCUCCCAACUAAAUGGGCAGAACUUCAACAUUCAGCUCUAUCAUUUUCUAUGCUUCUAACCCUCUCCUCCUCAAACAAUCAAUCAAAGACACACAGGGUAUCAUGCAACAACAAUCCAUCUAUACACAGACCAUCAAAC